UCAAACAUCAAAGUUUAAUUGUAAAAAAUUAAUGUUCUCUGAAGGAUUUUAUAUUUGAAAUUAGUGAUUUUUGGCAAACAAAAUGAAUUUCAUUUUGCAGUUUUUAUUCUUUGUUGCAGGAUCUGUCAUAGGAGAGGAUUUUUAUGAUUGGGACAAAGAAAUUCAAGAUUCUGGUCUUCAAUAUCAAAUCAGCUUGCAUGAGGACCCAGUGCUGCUCAUAUCCAAGAAUAAGACAUUGGCUGUUGAGGCAGUAAAUAUGGAGAGUAACAAUAACGUUGCAGCUAAAUUGUUCAGAGGACGGUUAUAUGUUGGAUGGCGAACUGCUCCUGUACAUUUUGCUUCUGUUGAAACCAGACUUCAUAUUGUUUCCUCAGGUAAUAAUGGAUCUACCUGGGAAUAUGAACAAACUAUUUUCCUUGGCUCUGAUCUCAGAGAACCAUUUUUUGUUGAGGCCGAGGGCAAUCUUUUAUUUUACUUUUUCCAGGGAGGCAGCAAUCCUUUAGAUUUUGAACCGAAGGCCUUGUAUCAAAUGUUGAGAUUAGAGAAUGGUUUAUGGACUGAACCUGUGGUUUUUGGUCAUGAGGGGGAGGUUAUCUGGGAGGUUGUUGAACAUAAUGGAACUUUGUACAGUCAAAGUUACAGUGGAGACUAUAGCACUCCUGGAGAUGCAGAGGAUCUCGGGAAACUGUUUGUUUUCUUCAACAGGAUUUUUGAGGAUAAAGAAAGUGGAUUAACUGAGAUUGGGUUUCAGUUUGAUCUGGAGGGUAAUCUCUGGGGGGUUGGAAGAAAUGAAGAUGGAGACGAUUCGGGUUGGGGAUCAAGAUUAUUCACAGCUUCAAGAUCAAACCUGAGCAACUGGAUAUUUCUUGAACAACUAUCUAAUCCCAAUAUUUUUGAAUCACCAAAGAUGUUUCGUCAUGGUGGUGAUCUUUUCCUUGUUGCAAGAACAGACCCUGAUGGUCAAUUUUGGUCGAGGGACAAUCCACUGUUAAACACAUUACCGGCAUGGGAUGGUUUUUCACUGAGGCAGCAUGGAACAGGUAUCUGGAAACUGAAUACGGAAACAGGAUCUUUGGAACAGGUUCUUACUUUGGCUGGUUGUGGAGACACAGCUUUCCCAAGUAUUGUCAGAAAAUCCAGACACGCCUACAUAAUAUUCAAUUAUUCAAGCACUCUGGAGGAUAAUUGUCCUCAUAACUGGAUAAUGGGUCAGAUAUCACCAGCCGGAAGUGUCAUCUAUAUGCAGGAAAUUGUGUUUGAAGUGCAGACAGACUGAAGAAAUCAGGAAUCGCUGAAAGAUAUCAUGGAUUAAUAACAAUACAGAUAGAACACUAGAUGUCGUCUUUUGAGGAUUUAAAGGUUUGUCGUUUACAGAAACCCUGAGACAGAAGCCCAAAGGAGUUCCGCGCAGGCAACGUUGGGCAUCUGCCUAAUGGUUAAUAUGAACGAAAAAUCCCUAAAUCUUGAAAAUAAGACAUCUAGUGUUCUAUCUGUAUUUUUAUUAAUCUAUGAUAUGUAUUCAGUUACAGGGUGUCCCAGAAAACAUGGCGACUUGAAGGUUGUCUUUGAUUUUUGAAAUAAUUUACAACAUUUAUUCGUAAAGCAAAUUUUAGAAGUAAAAUUCUUGAGGUAAUAAUUACAACAUAUGUACAAAAUGUAGUCUGCCUUUUUUGUGCUCUAAAUAUUACCGGAGAUAUAAUAUUCAGAUUUCGACAAUUUUGGUUUAAUUAAUAAAAUUAAAAUUGAAAUUGAAAUAUUGAAAGCACAAAAAAAGCAGACCACAUUUGGAAAUCCCAGGACUAGGAUUAUUUUGGGAUUAUUUUCAAAAUUCAUACAUGUGAAAGAAGGUUGACUACUGAAUGUCUCAAAUAAAUUCAAAUAUUAAAGACGACUUUAAAAUCGUUUUUCUACUGACAUGUUAUGUGGGACACCCUGUAUUUACGAAACAAGACAAUUGGUGAAUAGUUUAGAAUGUCUUCUUCCAUAAUUUGUUAAGU